AUGGACAGCUCAUCAUCCUCAUCUCCUGUUCAGUCAAGCAGUCCACAUUCAUCCUCUGCUCAAAUGAGCAGUCCCACAAUUCUGUCUUCACCUGACUCCUCAAGUCCAUCUGGAAUGACUCUCUUGUUAAAUGCCUUACAUCUGAGCGUUUCACAGCAAAGCAAACCUGCACCUUCUCAAGCAGAUGAGAGCCUUUUCUUUAAGAGUGACAAAACAUCUAAUUCUCGAUUGUCAAGGAAGUAUCUUUCAUACCCUCCCAAUCCAGCUCCAUUAGAGCUUCAUUAUGCAGCUCAGGAGAUGAAGUCAAAAUUCCAACUGGAAUUCUCAUUGGAAGAAACACAGAAGCUUCAAGAACAAUUGGAGAGCGGCCUCUCCCAAAUGUCGACUCCAACCUUGUACAAAGGAUACAAGGCCAAGCUUGCAAGUCGCGAGGCAUUUUUGAAGCCUGCUGCAGCAUUUCCUCCUCACCCUAGCAGUGGACUUCCCUGCAUUGGCACUAGGGAACCCUCUGAACCCUCAGACCCAGACUUGUCUGAUGAAUCUCAUCCAGACGAGUUACCAGAAGACUCGGACCAUGGCUCCGAAGAUUCAUGCCAAGCCAAACUGUCUAAGACAAAGAAAUUACCACCUAGGGGACCAGGAGGCAAGUUCCUACCCAAGUCUCACUUGGACCCCAAAAACUCCAGUAGUGCGUUCACCUCAUCAGCUUCGUUACCUCUUGAUACACCGGAGAUGAAUGAACAGCAACUUACACCAGACAAAGAAGAACCGGAAGAUCGUGAAGUCUCAGAUCGCGAAGUUAACAAGGAUUUAAGAGAAGACGACAAAGAGUCAUUACCUGAUGCACCAAGACCAAAUACAAUACUUCUCCCAGCCUUUCAGUGGGACACAGGUGUUUCACAGACUAUCCCUAGAGAAUCAAGCACUCAAAUUGUUCCAUCAGUGCAACCACCAACAAGCACACGCAACUAA